GCCUCCUCUCGCCAUGCCCAUGCCUGCACUGCUCGCACGGCAAGGCAGGCAGGCACAGCCCGCCCGCCAGCGCCAGCUUCUUCGAUCUCCUCCUCAUUCGAUUCGACGCAACAGUCGCACUAUUCAGAGGAGAAAGGAUCCGAGGUUAGCGCCUUCUGUCUAUCUAUCUCAUUCCACUUCUGUAUCUGUAUGUACUACUCCAGAAUCCAGAUGAAAUGCUAGCUAGUUUGCGAUUAGUUAGUUCAUCGGCUCGGCCUCAGAGCCGCCCUCGUCUAGUGAUUCAUUUACUUAGCAUGCAAUAUUCAUUCCCAAGAAUUAAUGGUAGCCUAGCUAGCUUUCUCCGAAAUAGAGAGAAUUAUAUUCUGAAUCAUUUUUAGACACAAGGUUCUGAAGAAUUAAAUGUGUUGAAGCUGCUUACUCGCUAGAAGCUGAGAAUCGCGGUUGCAAAAGAUCUCUAUUUUCAGUCGAUCAGUCAUUCAGUCUGUAAGCGUUAUAUGGCGCUGUUCUUGCGGAGGGUUUGAUUCGAUCGAUCGAUGGCACUUGAUGAGGGGUCGUCCAGCUUCCGGGAUCUGUACAGGAGCCUGCACACCAGUGUGGUGCUCGUCGGGGCGGCGUUUGUGCUCGUCGCCCUCCUCGUCUCGCUCUGGCUCAUACUGCAGCAUCUCAGAUCAUACAGCAACCCAGAGGAGCAGAAAUGGAUCAUUGCUGUCCUGUUUAUGGUGCCUGUAUAUGCCUCUGAAUCUAUAAUUUCGCUGUGGCAUUCAGAGUUCUCCUUGGCCUGUGAUAUACUGAGGAAUUGUUAUGAAGCAUUUGCGCUCUAUGCCUUCGGGCGUUACUUGGUUGCUUGUCUGGGUGGAGAACGGCAAGUGUUUCGCUUGCUUGAGAACAAAAAAAGGGAAGAGCUAACUGAGCAGUUGCUCGAGAGUCAAGAUAAGGCACCAGUUCGUAACCGAAGCAGAGUCCACAUCUUCUUCUGGGAUCCAAAUGCUCUGGGAGAGAGAUUGUACACAAUUAUAAAAUUCGGUCUCGUGCAAUAUAUGAUUCUCAAGUCAUUAUGCGCUUUCUUGUCAUCCAUCUUGGAGCUUUUUGGAAAAUAUGGAGAUGGUGAAUUCAAGUGGUACUAUGGAUACCCCUACAUUGCUGUUGUCAUAAAUUUCAGCCAGACAUGGGCACUGUAUUGUCUGGUGAAAUUUUACAAUGCAACACAUGAAAAGCUACAGGAAAUAAGGCCACUAGCCAAGUUCAUAAGCUUCAAGGCCAUCGUAUUCGCCACUUGGUGGCAAGGACUGGGCAUUGCAAUCAUCUGCCAUAUUGGGAUCCUCCCAAAGGAAGGCAAAGUUCAGAAUGCAAUACAGGAUUUCCUCAUUUGCAUUGAGAUGGCUAUUGCCGCUGUCGCACAUGCUUUCGUCUUCAACGUGGAGCCAUACCAGCACAUUCCGGUGGUAGAGCAUGGAGAGAUCACCAGUGAAGAAAGUAAACUAGAGGUGAAGGUAGAUUCCGACGACGACAGCAAUGGCACACCAACCACCAUUGAGGAGAAAGAGACCCAUGUCGAAGCACCAGGGACAAGCAUCAAAGAGAGCGUUCAGGAUGUCGUUAUCGGUGGUGGCCAUCAUGUUGUCAAGGAUGUGGCCUUAACCAUCUCGCAGGCGAUCGGACCUGUGGAGAAAGGAGUCGAGAAAGGAGUAGGGAAGAUUCAGGACACAUUCCAUCAUAUAUCACUGAAGCCCAAGGGUGAGAAAGAACCUGAGGUCGAAGUGGAGGAGCACAUCACCGAGAACACAGUGGAUGGUGAACCUGUGGCAGUUGAUGCAGAGGUAGAAGUCGAAAGAACGGUGCAAGAUGAUAACAGCAUGGAAGGUGAAUCAUUGGUGGUUAAUAGAGAGGUUGCAAUUGAAAGAACAGGGAAAGACAACAAGAGGUAGAAAUCCUCCACAUAUUUGUCCCUCGGGAAUCAGAUGUGUCUUACAAAUUUGAUGGCAACUGGAAAGGAGGAAUCUCCUCUUCUUUUUUUACUGUACAUAGUUCUUUUAUGUACUCUUUCAACUCUUGAAAUCAAAUGGACAGUGCUCAGAUGAUUUCCAUCUUAUAGGUUUUUACAGACGGCCGAUAUCAAAACAUCCACACAAGGGUCUUUCUUGAACUAUUGUAUACAAAUAUAUGUGGUGCCCAUCCUAUACAGUAGAAUUCUAUGCACAUUUCAGCAUUUGGUCCUACCUCAGUCAGACCCGCCGCAGCACAGAGAGCAGCACUCGAAGCAUGCGAGGCACGAGAGCGCGCCGCACAGCUGCACCAUGACGAUGGCGCACCGGUCGUUCAUCUUGCUGCAGGUGUUGAUGAAGCACAUGCAGCAGCAGCAGUCCGUGAGGCGGCUGCAGCAGCCGACGGCCUUGUCGAACAUCUCGAACCUCUCUGGUGGUUUCGUGUCCCCGAACCCAGCGGAAAGGUUCUCCC